CAGUGUUACAGAGGCUACAGACAUGGACGUGGACUCCAGUGUUACAGAGGCUACAGACAUGGACGUGGACUCCAGUGUUACAGAGGCUACAGACAUGGACGUGGACUCCAGUGUUACAGAGGCUAUAGGACAUGGACUACAGAGGCUACAGCCAUGGACGUGGGCUGCAGUGUUACAGUUUUCCCAAGGCUACAGACAUGGACAUGGACUGCAGUGUUACAGAGGCUGCAACCAGGGACGUGGACGCCAGUGUUACAGAGGCUUUAGACAUGGACUACACAGGCUACAGCCAUGGACGUGGGCAGCAGUGUUACAGUUUUCCCGAGGCUACAGACAUGGACGUGGACGCCAGUGUUACAGAGGCUACAGACAGGGACGUGGACGCCAGUGUUACAGAGGCUACAGCCAGGUCUGUGGACGCCAGUGUUACAGAGGGUACAGACAUGGACGUGGACUCCAGUGUUACAGAGGCCACAGACAGGGACGUGGACUCCAGUGUUACAGAGGCUACAGACAUGGACGUGGACUCCAGUGUUACAGAGGCUACAGACAGGGACGUGGACGCCAGUGUUACAGAGGCUACAGACAGGGACGUGGACGCCAGUGUUACAGAGGCUACAGCCAGGGACGUGGACGCCAGUGUUACAGAGGCUACAGACAGGGACGUGGACUCCAGUGUUACAGAGACUACAGACAUGGACGUGGACUCCAGUGUUACAGAGGCUACAGACAGGGACGUGGACGCCAGUGUUACAGAGGCUACAGCCAUGGACGUGGACUCCAGUGUUACAGAGGCUACAGACAUGACGUGGACGCCAGUGUUACAGAGGCUACAGCCAUGGACGUGGGCUGCAGUGUUACAGUUUUCCCGAGGCUACAGACAUGGACGUGGACGCCAGUGUUACAGAGGCUACAGACAGGGACUUGGACUCCAGUGUUACAGAGGCUACAGCCAGAGACGUGGACUGCAGUGUUACAGUUUUCCCGAGGCUACAGACAGGGCCGUGGACGCUAGUGUUACAGAGGCUACAGCCAUGGACGUGGGCUGCAGUGUUAGUUUUUCCCGAGGCUACAGACAUGGACGUGGACGCCAGUGUUACAGAGGCUACAGACAGGGACUUGGACUCCAGUGUUACAGAGGCUACAGACAGGGACGUGGACUCCAGUGUUACAGAGGCUACAGACAUGGAUGUCGACGCCAGUGUUACAGAGGCUAUAGGCAGGGCCGUGGACUCCAGUGUUACAGAGGCUACAGCCAGAGACGUGGACUGCAGUGUUACAGUUUUCCCGAGGCUACAGACAGGGCCGUGGACGCCAGUGUUACAGAGGCUACAGACAGGGCCGUGGACUCCAGUGUUACAGAGGCUACAGCCAGAGACGUGGACUGCAGUGUUACAGUUUUCCCGAGGCUACAGACAGGGCCGUGGACGCUAGUGUUACAGAGGCUACAGCCAUGGACGUGGGCUGCAGUGUUACAGUUUUCCCGAGGCUACAGACAUGGACGUGGACGCCAGUUUUACAGAGGCUACAGACAGGGACUUGGACUCCAGUGUUACAGAGGCUACAGACAGGGACGUGGACUCCAGUGUUACAGAGGCUACAGACAUGGAUGUCGACGCCAGUGUUACAGAGGCUAUAGGCAGGGCCGUGGACUCCGGUGUUACAGAGGCUACAGACAGGGCCGUGGACGUCAGUGUUACAGAGGCUACAGCCAGGGACGUGGACGCCAGUGUUACAGAGGCUACAGACAUGGACGUGGACUCCAGUGUUACAGAGACUAUAGACAUGACGUGGACUCCAGUGUUACAGAGGCUACAGCCAUGGACGUGGGCUGCAGUGUUACAGUUUUCCCGAGGCUACAGACAUGGACGUGGACGCCAGUGUUACAGAGGCUACAGACAGGGACUUGGACUCCAGUGUUACAGAGGCUACAGCCAGAGACGUGGACUGCAGUGUUACAGUUUUCCCGAGGCUAUAGACAGGGCCGUGGACGCCAGUGUUACAGAGGCUACAGACAUGGACGUGGACUCCAGUGUUACAGAGGCUACAGACAUGGACGUGGACUCCAGUGUUACAGAGGCUACAGACAUGGACGUGGACUCCAGUGUUACAGAUGCUACAGUUAUGGAUUGCAGUGUUACAGAGGCUACAGUACUGAAAACCUACCAGAGAUCCUAGUAGAAACUCAUGUAACAGUAAAUAGUGAUGUCACACUACCUAAUUGUACUAAACAAACUAGUGAACAGUAAAAAUGUUUCCUAAUUAAUGAAGUAUAGUGAAGUUAUAAAUUUUUUAUUAAAUUUGUAAAUCCCUGGGCCUUUUUUAUUUUUUUACACCCAUAUAUAAUAUAACAUAAAAGUUGAGCAAUGUAUUAACAAUAUUUAGCAAUAAACCCUGACAAGACAACACAAGUACAUUUUAGCAGAACAAAAUUCUACCCACUAGUAUCCCCAAUGUAGCAGUGGCUGAUCAGAUUAAGUUUCUAGGAAUAACUGUAGAUAGAGGACUCAUAUGGGCAACCAUGUAAACAACAUCUGCAAUAAAAUCAGCACUGGCGUCUAUGUUGUUAAACGCAUUAAAUGGGUUGGCACUCAGGAAGCGGCAAAAAUAACAUACUACGCUCUAGUAGAAUCUCAUAUUAGAUAUGGUCUUACAAUCUGGGGAAGCUCCUCGGGAAAUCUGAAGAGAGUACUUGUACUACAAAAAAAGGCAAUUAGGACAAUUGCAAACCUGGAGUCCCAGCAAAGCUGACGUCAAGCCUAUCAGACCCUAGGCAUACUAACAGUACCUGCGCUCUACAUCUGUGAAGCCAUUUUAUAUGCAGACUCACAUGGACCUUCACAGUUACCCCACACGCCAUGCCUCUAGAUUCGUCCUACCCCAACAUAGAACAGCCCUCUUCGAGAAAAACCCGUCAUACUUAGGCCAAAAACUGAAAAACCUCCUUCCAGACCACCUCCGGACCCUGACUGGCAACAGACUGAAGAGCUUGCUUAAAGAAUUCCUGUUGAAGAAUCCUGUGUACAAGAUAGAAGAGUUCUUGGAAUUAAUGAACAUAUCUCCUUAAUUCUACUUAUUGUAACUUGACAAAUUACUGUUCUUAAUGUUCAUGUAAUAAAUAAAUAAAUAAACAGUUUAGUUUGAUUUGACAAUGUUA